AAAACACAUUUUUUAUGGGUGUUAAUUUUUCGACCGAUUCCAAUACUUUACCUUACACACUAGGUGUGUGCGGAAAAGUAAUACGUAACUCAAUUGGUGAAAAACUAUCGUUCACACUCUGCCAUAUUACAUAUCCCAAAUGUAUUGUUCUACGAAAAUAAAUUGGAAGCAAUGGCGCCGAAAGAUAUAGCCGAUUGGUACAUUGGUUCGGAUUUACUACCAUCGCGUGAAUUUCCAAUCAUUUUUCGGUCCGUUCAAGGCGUUUGUACGAAAUUGGACCAAGACUUUAGUAUGUACAAAAUGAAUGUUGUAAUUGAUUUUAUAAAGAACCUUUUGAACAACGUCAUCAAAAAUGGCAGAACUGUGAUGCAAACAGAUAUCGGUGUUGUAUCUCCGUACAAAUUGCAAUGCAAAGAAAUUAUGCGUGCCUGUCAUCAUAACAAUUUGCGUCACAUCACCAUUGGUUCAGCAGAAAUUUUUCAAGGUCAAGAAAAGCCUGUGAUUAUUAUAUCAACUGUGUGAACCGAUGGGAAAUUGGGAUUUGUAAAAGAUCCACGACGUUUCAAUGUGAUGAUUACGAGAGCG